UUGGGACAGAAUCUGGAAAGGCGAGGUGAGCAAGGUAAAGAGGGGCGGCAACGGGUGAGUACAAGGUACCUUCUGCUCCGCAAGAUUUAGAAAGAAAGAAGCAAGCGGCUGGCGCAAAUUAAGGACACAUGGAAGAGGGGGAUCCUGGGCGACUCCGGCAACGCGACCAUUCAAGCUCCGGCAGCGCCGGGCGUCGAGCAGUCACUAGAAGUAUAACAAGGAGCGGAUCACGACCGAAAGGGGAGGCAGCGGGGAAUGUAGAUGCGAAGAACAUCAAGGGAGCCAGAAAUCGGCUGCUCAACAAACUGAAGACCAGACGCAAUGAUUCCGAGCCACCGAACAGUACAAGUAAGUAUACUGCAUCCGAAGAGGAGGACAAUGGGGAAGAAGAGGAUUUUUGCCCUUUUAAAUUCCAUGGGUGUUCUUCCUCGGAUGCGGUACAAGAAGUAGUCUCUACAUUCAACACCAAGAAAUUAGAGAUCCUAGACAAGCUAGGGUUAAGUGGGUUGCAGUACCUUGAGCAUGGAUUUCAUAAUAGCCGCCAUCUGGUUUUCUGGUUACUUAAGAGGAUGGAUGUAGAAAAUAUGAAUAUAAAACUUGUUGAUGGGUCAUUUGUUAAAAUGAAUCUUGAAUCUGUUAGAAGAAUACUGGGGAUAAGAUGUACUGGUGCACAGAUGAUGAUUAGUAGUAGUAAAGUAACAGAGUAUGUGAAGGUCAGGCUGCAUGAGCGUUUUGGGACUGAAGAAAGCAAGGAUCUCCCAGAUUUAGAUGACUUACGAAAAGUAUUAUGUCGGGAGUAUGGAAAUGUAAUGUCUGAAUAUGAUGAAGAAACAUUCAUGAUUGCUAUGGCCGGAUACUGCUACGCAUAUAUGUUUGGGCCGGCCAAACGAUCAGCAACUGUUCCAAGAGAUAUAUGGAACUUCAUAGCAUACCCAAAGAAGCUCUUGAAUUGCAACUGGGGUGGCUAUGUGCUAGCAGUUUUACAGUCAAGCGCGCGGGCAGUACAGCUGAAUGCGAGGAGCAACCCAAGUUCAAUUAAGCUUGGCGGAUGCUGGUUGUAUUUGCAGUUACUUUACAUGGAUAGUAUUGACCUUGGAGAGAACAACAUCCCUUUAGGAUGGCUCCCAAGGGUUAGGUGGUAUGAGACCCAACACCUGCUGGACUUCACAAAUCUUCAUGAGAACUGCAAAGGAAUACGAGCCAAAUAAGCAUACUUGAAC